GUGUGGUCUAUGGAUGGUUACUAUAAGGGGAGGCGUGUAUUAGAGUACAGGACCAUGGGAGACUUCACUAGAGGACAGAAUUUUGUUCAGCACCUCUUACCUCACCCCUGGGCAGCAGGUCAUGUUGUCUACAACGGAUCACUGUACUACAACAAACACCAGAGCAACAUACUGGUGCAGUACCACUUCCGAUCCCGUAACGUGGUGCUCCAGAGGAGUCUGAGUGGAGCAGGUUACAACAACACCUUCCCCUACAGCUGGGGGGGGUCUUCUGACAUAGACCUGAUGGCUGAUGAGACCGGCUUCUGGGCAGUCUACACCUCCAUACCUAACGCUGGGAACAUACUGGUCAGUCGGUUGGAUCCUCGUUCUCUCGACAUUCUCCAGAGUUGGGACACAGGGUUUCCUAAACGCAGUGCAGGGGAGACCUUCAUGAUCUGUGGUACCCUGUACGUCACCAACUCCCAUCUGGCCGGAGCUAAGGUCCACUUUGCUUAUCACACCAACUCCUCCAGCUAUGAGUACACAGACAUCCCCUUCCACAACCAGUACUCUCACAUCUCCAUGAUGGACUACAACCCCAGAGAGAGGGCCCUCUACACAUGGAACAAUGGACAUCAGGUCAUCUAUAACGUGACCCUGUUUCAUGUUAUACAGAGCGAAGGAUAGAGGAGGAGAGGAGGGGAGUAGGGAAAGGAGAGAGACUGACGGACUAUAUCUCCAUACAGAGAGAGGAGGAGGAGGAGGAGGAAGAGGAGGAGGAGGAGUGGGAGGGGAGUGGGUGAGAGACUGACGACUAUAUCUUGAGAGGAAGAGGGGGAAGAAGAGGAGAGGAGGAGGAGAAGGAGGACUGAUGGACUCUAUCUAUAGAGAGAGAGGAUGAGAAGGAGGACUGAUGGACUUUAUCUCUAGAGAGAGCAGGAGAAGGAGGACUGAUGGACUAUAUCUCUAGAGAGAGAGAGAGGAGGAGAAGGAGCACUGAUGGACUAUAUCUCUAGAGAGAGAGAGGAGGAGAAGGUGGACUGAUGGACUUUAUCUCUAGAGAGAGCAGGAGAAGGAGGACUGAUGGACUUUAUCUCUAGAGAGAAAGGAGGAGAAGGAGGACUGAUGGACUAUAUCUCUAUACAAAGAGAGGAGGAGAAGGAGCACUGAUGGACUAUAUCUCUAGAGAGAGAGAGGAGAAGGAGGACUGAUGGACUAUAUCUCUAAAGAUGGAGGAGGAGAAGGAGGACUG